GAUGCAACUUAAAUUACCAAGAAGAAUUUAAAGCAUCACCAAAACUCUAAAACAUGGUAUUGUUACGCGGAGUUUUCCAAUUUAGCUGUUUCUUCCUUUUAAUCUUUGUUGUGUGUUGUAGUCCCCCUGAGGACCACAUCAAAUGUUCGUCAAAGAAUACAGAUUGCACAAUCACAAACUCCUACGGUAUCUUUCCUGAUCGAAGCACUUGUCGAGCUGCCGAGGUGGCUUACCCCUCCACGGAGGAGGAGCUCAUUUCGAUAGUGGCAAAAGCAACCGAGAACAAGAGGAAAAUGAAAGUUGCAACGCGUUAUUCACAUAGCAUUCCCAAGCUAGUUUGUCCAGACGGGGAAGAUGGGCUUUUGAUAAGCACCAAGUAUCUUAACCAUGUGUUAAAAAUUGAUGUUGAAGCUAUGACGAUAACCGUGGAGAGCGGUGUGACAUUGAGGCAGCUAAUCGACGAAGCUGCCAAGGCUGAGCUGGUCUUGCCUUAUACACCAUAUUGGUGGGGUUUGACAAUUGGGGGACUAUUGAGCACGGGUGCACAUGGUAGCACAUUGCGUGACAAGGGAAGCGCAGUCCAUGAUUACCUUACGGAACUUCGAAUUAUUAGUCCAGGUGGUGCUGAAGAUGGUUAUGCUAAGGUUCGGGAGCUCAAAGAUGGUGACCAAGAUUUUAAUGCAGCUAAAGUUUCGCUUGGAGUUCUUGGAGUCAUUUCACAGGUCACUCUAAAACUACAACCCAUGUUCAAACGAUCCAUCACCUACUUGAAAAAAAAUGAUUCGGACUUAGGAGAUAUGGUGACUAGUUUUGGCAAUGAACAUGAGUUUGCUGAUAUAACUUGGUAUCCUAGUCAACGCAAGGCAGUUUAUCGUAUUGACGACCGAGUCUACACAAACACACAUGGACAUGGACAUGGUCAUGGUCUAUAUGAUUUCACCCCAUUCCGCGCAACGGCUUCAGUUGAACUGGGCAUUGUCAGAACCACAGAGGAAGUUCAAGAAUCCUUAAGUGACGCUGCUGGGAAGUGCUUAGGUGCAGAGACGGUUAUUCUAGCACUCGAGACUACUGCCUAUGGUUUAAGUAACAAUGGUAUUCUUUUUACGGGUUAUCCUGUAAUUGGAUAUCAGAACCACAUUCAAGCAUCAGGAACCUGCCUAGAUAGUCUUAAUGAUGCAUUGAUCACAGCUUGUGCGUGGGACCCUAGAGUUAAGGGUGAGUUCUUUCACCAAACUACAUUCAGUGUUGGCUUGUCCGUGGCUAAGAGCUUCAUUCAAGAUGUUCAAAAGCUAAUUGAAUUAGAGCCUAAAGCAAUGUGUGGUGUAGAACUUUAUAAUGGAAUACUCAUGCGCUACGUUAAGGCUUCAAGUGCUUACUUAGGCAAGGAAGAAGAUGCAAUAGACUUUGAUAUCAGUUAUUAUCGAAGCAAAGACCCCUUGACUCCUAGGCUAUUUGAAGACAUACUAGAAGAAGUUGAGCAACUUGCACUGUUUAAGUAUGGGGCGCUGCCCCAUUGGGGGAAGAAUCGAAAUGUAGCAUUUGAUGGAGUAAUCAACAAGUACAAAAAUGCUAAUGAAUUCUUGAAGGUUAAGAGAGUGUAUGAUCCAUUUGGCCUCUUCUCUAGUGAGUGGACUGACCAAGUUCUUGGAUUGAAAAAUAGUGUCAUUAUAGAUAAGGAGGGGUGUGCAUUAGAAGGGUUGUGUAUAUGCUCACAAGACAUUCAUUGUGCUCCCAAAAAGGGCUAUUAUUGUAGCCCAGGAAAGGUAUAUAAGGAUGCAAGGGUGUGUGCUCGUGUGACUUCUAAGAUGAAUAUAUGUGAGGAAGAACAAUGGGGGAGUCAAGAUUUCACCUUCGGAGGGAUCAAAAUCUAAUAUUAAUUUUCUUUUGAGAUGCUGUUUCAAUUUAUAACAAAGUUCUUGUGAUUUGUUGAAAGUUAUUAUGUUCUCUAGUACUCUACAUGGGAAGAUUUUUUUUUUUUUUUUUGGGUUGUUGAUGCUGUGAGAGAUACAUGGGAAGAAACCUGAUCGUGUGAUUCGUGUAGAAGUUUACAAGUUUCAAGCGUUCCUAUUUGGGGCUCCUUUAGUUCA